CGGUCAGUAUCCAUUUGACGACCACGCUGUCAACACACGCUUUGCUGGAUUCUCUUUUGCAGUACGAAAGUGUAGAACAAACCAUUCGGCAGGAUCGUUGGAUCGUUCUGAACGUGUCAAUGGAAACCUAGAACCGUGUGAUUUAUGCCUUCGAACCAACCAACCAAACCAACCGAAGGGCAUUGAGAAGCGGGUGCUUUCAUUGAAAUAUUUGAUGUAUUUUUUUUCUGGUGACCUAUACCCGAACGUGUCUUUUUACCAAACUGAAGCAUAACGCACAAAAGAAUAGUGCGACCAAGGGAGAACUGAUCCAAUUUGAAAAGCCACACAGGAAUUAAGUGGUUGCGUGAUUUUGGUAUAGUGAACCCGUAUGUUUCGGAAGCACAUGAAGUGAGAGUUUUACCAGGAACGACGUGUUAAAUUGGGAUAAUUGUGUGUGAAAUUGUUAUGAUUAUCGAUGAAGAUCUACGAUCCAAUUGCUAAGAGAAAUGAAAAGUGUCAUGCUGAAGGCAAAAGUCGAGCAAAUCAAAUUUGAACUAGUGUAGAAUAAUCAAACAGAUAAUUGCAAUUGAAGUUUCUGUUAGAGUGAUUUACAAGUUAACCGGAUAUAUGCUCACAUAAUCAUUCGAAGCGAACAUCAUGAUUGGCAGCACGAUGAUCUCAACUCACAACAGAGGUACUAAAACGAGUGAAUUUCUCACUUGUUGUUUGUUGGUACCUACAAUCUCGUUAAUGCUUCAAUCUACUUCGGCACAUGGUCACCAGCAGUUCAGAAGUGUGCCGACAACGGUUAAAACAUAUGAAAAUGAAUCAGUUCUGCUACCAUGCUACCAUAAUUCUCCUUACAGAUACGUACGGUGGUCCCGCGAUGAUCUGCUGCUGGCCGACUCGAGGUAUCCGGACUUGACGCCACCGCCGAGAGUACAGUUGUGGAAGAACGGCAGCCUGGAGGUCAGUCAGGUACAAAUGGACGAUACCGGAGACUACACGUGUGAAAUAACGACGGAAGGCGGGAAGGCUAUCCAACAGCAUGCCAUCGAGGUUCAGUAUCCUCCAACGAUAACGAUGUACCCAUCGGACAGAAUAGAAGUGAAAAUUGGUCAAAUUUUGGAAAUCAUCUGCGACACGACUGGUAUACCGCAACCGUACAUCACAUGGAACUUCAAGAAUGACAACGCAAGUGCGGCCUUUGAAAAUAGUCGUAAAAUAAGCAUCCUAAUAGAAGACAAAGAUUUUGCUGGUCCCAUCGAAUGUCUCGCCACGAAUGGGGUUGGUGAACCUGCCAGUGCUGUUCUGGAUGUUUUUGUCGACUUUAUUCCAGAAAUCAUCGUGAAAACAACGCCUGUUCACACGAAAAAUGGUCAAAAUGCACAGCUGGAAUGCAUCGUCACAUCCGCUCCGACCGCGUCAGUGCACUGGUUCCACAAUGGUUUGCCGCUAGCAUCGGAGCGUCGCUUCUCGAAACAUGAUAACAUAAUUGCGGCACCUCAAUAUCAUACCGUUUACCGUCAUGUGCUGUCCAUUCGCAACAUUAGAGACCCCGACCUUGGUCAGUACGAAUGUAAAGCGGAGAAUAAAAUUGGUAUAAAUGGAGCAGGGAUAGAACUGACGGGGCGACCAAUGCCUGCAUCCUUCAAACCAUCCGCUGAGAUGUCUUCACCUACAACGCACAAUUUGAUCUGGCAAGUGGAAAGCUUUUCGACGAUCAUCGAGUACAAGCUGAAGUUUCGAAUGAUUCCCUCAGGGAAUAUCACACCCAGUAGGCGAUAUCCAAAUCUACCCUGGAGUGAAUUGAUCAUACCUUCCGAUGGUUCCGCUGGUCCGCUGCACAGCACCGGCUACAUACUGCAGGGACUGCAAGCUACUAGUGUUUAUGAGGUUACUGUUUCGGCCAGAAACAGGUACGGCUGGAGUGAUGCCAGUAACAUUUUGAGGUUCGCAACCGGCGGAGAAGUUGAAUUGGAGGAUCUGGGAUCCCACACGACAGAGACAAUCGAAUAUUCAGAUGAAAGUGAAGAUCCUAAUAUUACGGAUAAUGUGAUUACCAGAGACUUUUAUGAUUAUCAUAGUUUUCAAACCAGUGAAUCGAGGAUGACGGGAGCUUGCACGGGAUUGCGAAGUGAAAUACUGAUUGUUCUAGUAGCGCUAAUCAUAGUGUAUGCGAUUAAAAAAUAAAUAGUACAUAUAUUUAAACUUUUUUGAUCAAUCAA